AUGGUGUCCAAACAGGUCCUUGCCAUUGGUGGGAUCAACGUCAAUGUGUUCACCUCAUCAGAGGGGAGUGAUCCCUCUGUCCCUGUCACGGUCCUGUUCUUCUUGCACGGGAGGAAGGGCUCUGCGGAGGGCGUCGAAUGGGUCCCGAAUGCCACGCUGGAGUGGGUCGAUAAGCAUCGCAAGAUCUCUGACCAACAGGCACAGGAGCUGGUGGUAGUCACAAUUGAUCAAAGGAACCAUGGUACGCGCGUUGCAGAUCUCGCCGCGAACAAGGGAUGGGAUGAGUCGCCCCCAUCGUCCAGGAAUGACCGACAUGCGAUUGAUCUUUACUGUAUAUUUGCGGGCACAGCUCAAGAUAUAUCCUUCCUGAUCGACUGGCUGCCCGCGUAUCUGUACCCAUCCGAGGAAAGAACAAUCUCCCAGUGGAUAGUUGCGGGUCUCAGCCUUGGGGGACAUGCCGCUUGGUACACUCUACGCAACGAUCCAAGGGUUAAGAUCGGUAUCCCGAUCAUUGCUGCUUCCGACUAUGUGCUCCUUAUAAGUGAGCGCGCAAAGCGCGACGGUGUCCCGUUCGAACCGCCCUAUGCACCGAAAGUUCUCCUGCAGCAGAUCCAGCAGACAGGAGCGGUAAACACGCCGUACGACUCCACGGAUGCCGCCAACCCGUUCUUAGGAAAGAAGAUACUCGCCUUGUCGGGCGCGGACGAUACGUCAGUGCCAUGGAGUGCAUCAGAAAGGUUCUUCGAGAGGCUUGUCGUGGGUGAAAGCGGGUCCAAGAGAGCCAUUGUGUAUCCAGGCGUUGGGCACAAAUGUACGCCGGAGAUGGUUGAGGAAAUGUCGCAAUUUGUCUGGAAGGAGGCUUUGGUUGUCUGA